GCAAAAUACAGCAAGAGAGAAGACAGAAAGUGACAGCUAUAGCAAAAUGAACUCAAAAUGAAUGAUCGAGUGAACGUUCGAGUUUCAUAAUCGGGGGGUUAGUCCCUUGGGUUUGUGUACAGAGCGAAGUGCGAAGUGUUGUUUACUAUUGAGCGUUCUCACUUGCGACGUGCGCUACAUUUGCCAAAGCGCCAACGGUUCGCGUGCUGUCUGUUAGUGUCGAGCUUGUGAGUUUCUUUUCGGUGGUUGAGAUUUAUAGUGGAAAAAGUGGUGUGUUUCGUUCGGAAUCUGCGCACCAUUUCGAUUCGAUCUCCUGGCCAACGUGCGUUCAGCGCGGCAUCAUCAACCGAUAUCACCCAGGUUGGCGAGUUGCGGUUUUGAUUGUUUGUAAUCUUUUUCCCUGACCAAGUUACGGAUUGACAGCAGGCGACACGCAACAACACCUUUUGGCGCGUACAAAGUCGUCAUCGGAGGGGCCAUCAAAACCAAUCGGGCGCUGCCCAAGUUGCUCCCGUUUCACAACACAUUCCUGCCGCCUGCCAACGCGAAACACCAUGGCCAACGUGCACGAGGACGAAAUGAAGCACUGUUACGAGAACCUGAUCGUCGUCGACGUCGGGGCCAAUCUGACCAACAAGAAGUACACCCGAGAUCUCGACUCGGUGAUACAGCGGGCAAAAGAUUCUGGCGUACAGAAAAUUAUGGUCCCUGGCACGUCGGUGAAGUCGAGCAAGGAAGCACUCCGAUUGACGCGCAUCUAUCCCGGCAUCAUCUACUCGACGGCCGGCAUCCACCCGCACGACUCCAAAUCGAUCAUCGAAGAACCGAGCAGCUGGCACGACUUCCAGCUGAUUGCCGGCGCACCCGAGUGCGUCGCCAUUGGGCCCUGUGGGCUCGACUAUCAGCGCGACUUUUCCGAACCCUGCACCCAGAAAGAGAUUUUCGAACGGCAACUAAAGCUGGCCGCCGAGCUCGGGAAACCGAUACUGAUCCACGAACGAUCGGCACAGGAGGAUGUUUUGGAAAUACUCACGAGAUUCCAACCAACACAGCCGAUUAUCGUGCGAGGUUUCAUGGGCACCACGGACGAGGCCCUAAAGUACCUGGAGCGUGAAUUCUACAUCUCACUGACCGGAUACCUAUGCAAGGAUAAGUCCGACACGGGCGUGCGGAAGCUACUGGAAGACGGACGACUUCCGAUGGAGCGUCUGCUGGUGGAAACGGACUCACCGUUCAUGUAUCCGAACACACGCGCCUCGAAAUUACCGCAGCACGUCAAGGGGGGACUGACGGAGCGCUCGUUGCUCUACCUCCAUCGUUACUGCACCUUUCAGCGCAAUGAGCCGUGCAGUUUGCCAGCGAUCGUUGAGAUGAUAGCGGCAUUUAUGAACAAAAAACCGGAGGACGUAGCGCUCGCCACCGCUUUCAAUGCGCUCAAACUGUUCGGCUUGUCGCAAUGAGGCGUUUCCCGCAGCCACGGCUAUCGAUCUAUGGCGCAAGCACUAGCGCGCAAAGAGACAACAAUGAAAACAAUCGAACGACGUCGAACUAAGCUGCCACUAAGCUUGUCGACGAUUUUAUAUUUAUCGCGAAACCGUUCUUUUUUUUGCUAUCGAACAUUUCAUUUUCCCUCACGUUUUCAGAUUCGGCGAAAGCAAUCGAAUCUACGAACUCUCCGUAUAAAGUUAAGCAAGUUGUUAAUGGUUUAACCGUUAUUGUCGCCUUCUUCCUCCACAUAGGUCUAUCAAUUCAACUAUCGUGGAGGUGAAUAGAACAACGGGCCGAGUGGGUAUUUGUUUGUUUUCGUUUUUGAUAAUAGGCAAUCUAUGGGUGAUAAUACUAAAGUAAAGCAAACAUUUCAUUCGAUCGAUUCCUUCGAAUGCACACUUCUUUUUUAUGUUAAGCUGCGUUUGUCCAUUCGCUUUCCGCAUUAGUAGCGUUACUCAUCGCUAUACUUUAUUCGUUACUUUCUCGAGCGCUGCCCGGGCUCGUGUAAAGCUAGGUAGUAUGUUAACAACGUUAAGAAUGUGUUAGCCGAAAUUGUAUAGUUGUUAGGCUAACUAUGUUAUUAACAUGAAACCAAGUGAAAGACUGAUCGCGGGAGAAUCACGGUAGCGUGUAUGGAGAAGGUAGUAUAUGAUAAACACGAUCACGAGCGUGGACGAUCAUGGAAGCGAACUGCAGAACAAGAAGCUCAUUCUUAGACGAGAAGUAUUGCCGUAUGAUCCUGCCGUAAGGCGUAGGCUUCUGGGUCGCUUCGUACGGACCACAGACACGAUUUCAACUGAUAGGAGCGAGGGAACCUGGCCGAUCAGAGCUAGAAGUGCCAUACUUUAUAUGUCUCAAAUAAGCUACGCUAAUGUAACGUUUGAUUGUAUAAAGUGUAACACUGUUCGUGUAAAUUAUUACAAAACUUAUGUAGUGAGUCAAUAAAUGAAUCAUUUA